AUGAUCGCAUAUGCGGUGAUCCGGCCCAUGUAUCUCCUCUUCUUCCAUCCCGCAUCACGUUUUCCAGGCCCAAAACUGGCAGCAACGUCACAUGCUGUAUAUGCCUAUUACUGGAUACGAGGGCGAUGGCCGUGGUUCCAGGAAGCUAUGCUUGAAAAAUAUGGCGACGUAGUUCGUGUGGCCCCUAACGAAUUGGUUUUCCUUAACCCGAAAGCGGCGACGGGUCAGUUAUUUGAAGCACUGCCCUCAAUCAUGGAUCAUACGCUGAAUAGAGAGCUAGAUAUCUAUGGACCGGCGAUGAAAAGCCAAGAGAUUUUCCAGAAGACUGACAUGAUGGAUUUUGGUUCCGGCGAUUUGGGACUCACAUGGGAGAACGAUCCCGCGAAGCACCGGGAAGUUGCAAGAAAGAUUCUCCCAGCUUUCAGUAGUAAAGCCAUCAAGGCUAAGGAGCCAAUCUUGCAGAGUUAUAUCGACUUGUUCAUUUCCAGAAUGCGCGAGAUUGGCGGCUUAGCGGAGGGGCUUGAAAUGAGCCAAUGGCUUCUCUGGCUCUGUGCGGACAUCGCGGCGGACCUGGCAUAUGGCCGGGAAACGCACCAUGUUAGGGAUGGCAAAAGCUCAGAUUUCAUUGAUACCUUACGAGCAACUAGCUUCCCGGGCACCCUAUGGCAACUUUCAGGCAAAUUUCCUCUCGUUGCUCCUUUCGCCUUCUUCUUCGUGCCGCUCAAGAUCCUUCUCUCGAUGCCUAAAACGUUCAAGGCCGUCAGUGAACAGGUUCAGGCACGUAUUGCGAGCAGGGGGAAUACGAAGCAUCCGGACUACAUGGAUUAUAUGGUCUCUCCCGAAGGCCCGGUUCCUACUUCCAAGAAGGAUCUAACUCAUAUCGAACAAGUUGCACUUCAGAUGUUCAUCGCGGGCUUUGAUCCGAUGCAGGUUACUUUCUUUGCCUCGAUUUAUUUUCUGGUUCAGAACCUGCAAGCAUGCUCAAGAUUAACCAAAGAGAUUCGUGAUACAUUCAGUAGCUAUGAUGACAUAACACCCGAGGCGCUGUCGUCUCUCAAGUACUUACACGCCUUUAUUCAAGAGACAUUACGCAUGCAUCCAGUGGGCUCCAAUGGCCUGCCACGGAUCAGCCCAGGUGCUACAGUUGACGGGGUCUAUGUUCCAAAAGGAGUAAGUCUCUUUGGACGCUCUGCAACGAUUCAUGUGCAAGCCAUGAGCCCGGGAAUAACCUUGUCAUCCAGGUUGUCUGUCAGCUCAGCACUUUCGCUGCGUCUCGUAGUCCGCGAUUUUUUCACCAACCUCGCGAAUUUCGACCAGAACGCUGGUUAUCCCAUAAUCACCCUCUAUAUGAUACCACGUUUGCGAAUGACAACCUGA